UAGUUGUGUUUUAUUAUUGUUGUAAGCGAUACCAGGAAGUGUUAAGAAGUAUGCAUUUUGCAAAUUUGUGAACGAUAAAAGAUCGAUUUUCUUGCAGUUGACAUGAAGAAAAAUAAAAACACAAUAAUACACGGAAGAAAAACUGUGUUAGUACCGUACAGGCGUGUCCACGUUAAUAAAUACCAUGGUUGGAUGCAGUCUGAGGAACUACAGGAGCUGACAGCUUCUGAACCUCUCAGUUUGGAACAAGAAUUUAGGAUGCAGGAGUCCUGGUUAGACGAUGAAGACAAAUGUACCUUUGUAAUCCUGGAUAGAAAUGUCUACUCACAAAGUAACAGUGAUGAAAUUGCCUCCAUGAUUGGUGAUGUCAAUCUCUUCCUAAACGAUAUUGAGAAUCGGCAGACAGCAGAGGUUGAAAUCAUGGUGGCAGAGUUGCAUGCCAGAGGUCAGGGAAUGGGCAAGGAGGCACUGCUUCUCAUGAUGAGAUACGGAGUGGAGUACUUGGCAUUGACUUCAAUAACGGCUAAAAUUGGUUUGGCCAAUGAGAAAAGCUUGAAUAUGUUCAGGAAGAUUGGAUUUAAAGAGAUAUCAAGGAGUGAAGUGUUCAAAGAAGUCACACUUGAAUGGUUAGUGGAUACAGACACAAAACAAUGGUUGUGGAACGAAACAAAACAUAUAGACAUUGUAAUGGAGGAGGAAUCAGAAUCAGUACUAUGUACAUAGGAUAUCAUGUAUAGUUUUAUAAUAGAAGCUUUUGCUUCACGUAUUGCAUUUGUGAGAAUAAAUUCUUAUUUC